UUUUACAGAGCAUCUUUGUACCUAUGCAAACUAGCGGCCUGGCUGCUCUCCAUUGUCAUCGGGCUACCGACGGGAUGAUGAGCCCCACGACCAUUCGUAUAUCCAUUUCCUCAUGGCACGGCAACCACACCACACCCGGCUCAGCGCCAGCCAUACCUAACCGCAGAUCAUGUCGCGUCCUCUUUCGUUCACGGCCGAACGGGCCCUUGCCCUGCCUGCGGAUGAGUUUGAGGCCGCAGCGAAGAAACCACGCGUGGUCGUGACAGGUGGCUCUGGCAAGCUUGGUCGCGCCGCCGUUGUGGACCUCUUCGAAAAUGGGUGGGAGGUCAUCAAUUUCGACAGGGCUGCGCCGCCGCCCUCGGCACCGAAGGAGAUCAUCUUUAUACAUACCGAACUGCAAGAUAUGGGUCAAGUCAUGGAGAACCUGAUUGAGGUUGACACGAAAUACAAGAAGAUUGACGCUAUAGUUCAUCUUGCAGCACUGCCUGCGCCAGGCAUGAUGGCCUCUUCAACUCAGUUCUCCCUGAAUGCCAUGUCCACGUACAACAUCCUUGAGGCAUCUCGGAAGCUCGGCAUCAAGAACCUCGUCCUGGCGUCGUCCGAGACCCUCCUCGGUCUUCCUUUCAGUCCAUGGCUCCCCGAUCGCAUUCCUGUGGACGAAAACUCUCCGCGUAGGCCCGAGAGCGCAUAUUCACUUAGUAAGCUUGUCGGCGAAGUCAUGUCAGAGGAGUAUGCUCGCUGGGACCCCUCGACGAAGAUCGUGUCCUUGCGAUUCUCAAACGUGCAGUCGCCCGAAGAUUACGCUGCGUUUGAAACGUGGCAGAAGGAUCCAAUGAUCAGGAAGUGGAACCUGUUCGGUUAUAUCGAUGCUCGCGACGGCGCACAAGCGAUCCGCAAGUCUCUCGAGUACAAAGCUACUGGACAUCACCAGUUCCUGAUCGCAAAUUCGAACACCACGAUGCGCGUGCCAAAUGCAGAUUUGGUCGCUGCUUGCUUCCCAGGUAUUCCCUACAUGCCCACAAAGGGGAAAAACGACACGCUCUUGAGCAUCGACAAAGCGAAGCGCGAGCUUGGCUACUCCCCAAAGUGGGACUGGAAGUAAGUGAAUGCGACACAUAGCACGUGGGACGGCGGAGAGACACAUUGUAACAUUAGCUACUUAUUUUGUAUUUGAUCGUUUCAGACGUAUGAGAACUGUUAUAAAAUGACC